CAAAUCUGGUACAUUUCAAAAAUAUAUUCUGGCAACAUUGAAAUUUGACAUAAAUAUAUAAAUAUUUUGGUUUAUAUUCAUUGAUCAUAAAUAAUUCAUAAUAGUAAAUUAUACACUAGAUACUCUAGCAAUAAUGAAUCAAGAUGAGAAAAUGAUUGAAGAUAAUAAUAUGACCCUAGGUCAACCAUUAAGCGAUUUUCUUUUACAGUUGGAAGAUUAUACUCCUACAAUUCCAGAUGCUGUAACUAGUUAUUACCUAAGAAGUUCAGGCCUAGAACCGAAAGAUCCUAGGCUUGUUCGGCUAAUAUCAAUUGCAGCUCAAAAAUUCAUAUCAGAUAUUGCUAAUGAUGCACUGCAACAUUGUAAAAUGAGAUCUACAAACUCCUCGAGUCACAGCGGUUCUAAGAGUAAACAAGGUACAAAGGAUAGAAGAUUUUGUUUAACAAUGGAAGAUUUGACACCAGCUUUGGCAGAAUUUGGAAUAACAAUUAAAAAGCCACAUUAUUAUGUUUAGACUAAGUUUAAUAUAAGAUAUUUCCCGAUAUUUCCUUCACAAUUAGUUUAAGAAUAAAUAAAACAAAAAUAAAGUAGAUAUUUUAAUAAACAAUUACAUUUUUUUUAUUAAGAA